AUGCCAACAACUGCCUAUUCGAUCUCUGCUACAAAGCUAACUGGAGGCACUUCCACAGCAGUGUUCUCUUUUUCUAUUCAGAUUUGUACCGAAGGCCGUUCUCUGGUAACUCUGGUAGCCCGUGCUGAUUACUAUCCCGAACAAGCUUCCUACAAGGUUUAUCAAGGCAUUGGAACAUCAGGAACUGUGGUACGAUCGGUCAAUCAGCUUUCAGUCGCCUCGGGUCUGAACUAUGGCGAUUUCUGUCUGAACGAUAACAUUUACACUCUCCAAUUGCUUGAUUCUUCUCUAAAUGGAUGGUCGAACCCUGCUGGAUACUACUUGACCGUGGACUUGGGCGAGAUGAUUAUUGAAAUGGGUCAAGUGCCUGGUGACGUCGCCUCUGUGAGCACGAUGUUCUCCACCUACUUGCCAUUCCAGAUUAACUAUUCUAAGUGGAAGAUCCAUUACGAUUAUGUAGAAAACUGGAUGACUCUCGAUUUCGAUGACUCUGCAUGGGCAAAGAAAAAAGCCAGCGAAAUUGGAACGAAUAUUGGAGCCACUACCUACAUUCGGAAGGAGGUGAACAUACCCGAUAUUAACAACUAUCAGGUAUUGAAUAUCCGUGUGAAAUACGUAGGAGGAGUCGUUGCCUAUUUCAACGGCAGAAAGGUGGCUCGAUUCAAUCUGGAAGAAAACUUCGGAUCAGACUCAAAGUCCAAUAUUGUCCACAAUCAGGAUGAAUUCUCCAAGUUCCAUGUGAUAAUGACCACUGUUGGUGGAGUGACAGGCAAGAACAUCAUGGCCUUUGAAAUCCAUCGCCCGACUGGCCAGUCUUCUUCCAGUCCUGUGGUCUUUGAUGCUACUGGAGUGUUCGGCGUGAACGACUGCUCGAUUCUUGUGGAUACCUAUUCUAAAAUCGAUGGCUCCACUGUUUACUUCUGCGAUAUAAAAGAACUGCUUAAUCUCAAUCCGACGACGUAUGGAUACCAGCCCAAUAUUCAGGGAACGUAUCUCGAGUGGACAGUGGAAAACAUGGAGGGAACCAAAUUCAACAGUUUUGGAAUGCAAACGGCAUAUGACCGUUAUUCCUACGGAUUUUCUCUUUACGUCCGCAGAGAAACGUCGGAGGAAUACACUUCCGCAUUGGCUCUUCUGAAUCAGAACUUUAAAGGAUUGGAACGAUCUUCUUGGGCGGUCCCUCUGGGCAUUGCUGGAUUCAACCAGCUCAAGUUCCUAGUGGACGACCCUGCUACCUAUGCAGUGUAUGUGAGUUCGUACAUGCUUUUGUACUGCAAGCCUAGUGGAACUGGAGUGUGUCCUGGAAUUGGUGAUUAUCCUCCCGUGGGAGAGGGAGAAAUCUCUCCAAGCAGCUGUGAGGAAGGAUAUCGUGGUUACUCGUACCGAACUUGUUCCAACGGCCAGUUAGGGGACAUUAACAACCAAUAUUGCACACAGAAGCUGCCAGAUAAACUGACUUACGAUUCCACCAUUUACAAUACCAUUUUGGGCACAAAAGUGUACAUUGCAAAGCCAACCUUUGUCAAUAUCAUUGAAGAGUUUUACAUGGCUGAAAACACAUACCUUCCUAUGGGAUUGACCCUAAAUACCAAUACUGGAGAGAUUUCAGGCGUCCCUACUGAGCAGAAUGCGUUGAGAACCUUCACGAUCUACGGAAAGAAUCAGGUGGGAAUCACCUUUGCAACCAUCAAUAUUUCUGUAAAGAAGGGAACUUGUAAGGCUGAGGGAAUCUUCCCCACUACAGAGGUUGGUAAUAUAUAUGUCUAUAACUGUGCAUUGGGAGGCUCGUAUGUGGGUUCCCAAAAGAGAGCCUGUAUUCUUGGAGAGCACGACGGAGAAUGGCAGGGGAUCACCGGUGUUUGCAUGCCUAUAGCAUUCAUUGUUGUGAUUGUGAUUGUGGCGAUUAUCAUUGUCGCUGUCGCUGUUUUCAUAAUUGUACGAGUGAAUGGAAGAGCCAAGGCGGUGGGUGGUGUCAAAGGAAAGGGUGCGAAGGCUGCAGGGACUCAGAAGAAGACACUCUCCAAAACUGAAAGUACAAAGAAGGUUGUGAAGGUAUAAAACAAUCAUCUCAGUGUAC